UGUUUUUGUUUCAUUCGCAUAUUUUAAAUUGAAGCAAACGGACGUUCGUCGUAUAACGCGAGUGUUCUGCUAAAAAGAAUCUAAUAAAUUAUAACAGCAGCAAAAAACUAUUAAUAAAAUAUUUUGCAUAAAUAAUUUGAGUGACUAAUUAAUGUUUAUUUUUAAUUAAACAACCUAAACAUACAAUCAAGGAGAGAAAGAAAUAAAGUGUGAAAAUAAAACACCGCAAGCAAUUUUCUUGGGUGUAAAAGAAAAAUGUUAAAAAAUUAAAACUAGAAGAAAAAAGUUUUGCAAAAACAAUUAUAAAUUGUGGAAAUUAAUAAAAACAACAGCGUGUGUAAAUAUAUUAUAAAAAACUUUGAAAUAAAAAUCAUCAUUAAGAUAUUUACAAGAUGAGUGAAUAUACUAUAGAGACUAGACGUCGAUCUAGGUCGAAAACACCAUUUUUACGUUCCAGUUGUGAUCAUGAAAAUUGUGAUCAUGUUGGCGAUGAACCACAUGUACAUCAUCAAAAGAAAAAAAUUACAUCUUUGGCACCAAAUGUUAAAACUAUUGUUGAAGAAACCGUUGAGGUAACAUCAUCAUCUACAGUGGGAAGUGGUAAAGAUAGUCCCUCUAAAAUGGCACAAACUAAAAUCAAAACAUCUGAUUACUCCAGUGAAGAAAGUCCUGAAAAUAAAAACAAAAUUAACACACGAACCACAACAACAACAUCAUCAUCCUCCUCCUCCUCAACAGCUCAAGGAUACACACAACAACAACAAAAACAAACCUUAAGCGAAACAACACGUUCAUCAACAACAACGGUUAUAACAAAAAGCAAAAAAUUGGGAGGAAGUGGUAGCGUAGCUACUUCAACACCCAAAGCCAGUAAUUUUGUUACAAGUUUUGCCUCACAAUAUGCUUCAAGAAGUGAAGGAGGAGGUGGUGGUGGUGGUAGUAGUGGCAGUUUCAAAACUGAUCACAGUAGCCAACAGCGUAGAUAUAAAGAACACACACAAAAUGUAUUAAAUGCUGAAAAGGAGCUAAGUACUAGUAAAAACAAAUCCCUAAGCGGUUUCUUGGGUAAUUCAUUUGGUGAUGGCAGUCUCAAUUUAGAUGCCAGUGAUCAUAUUGCCUAUUUGGAAUACAAAAAAGCAGGAGAAUAUUGGAAGACCACCCCUAAAACAGAUUAUACCUAUUCUGAAUUAUCACCACAUAGACGUGAAUUGGCACCCGGUAUUGUAGCCAUGCCCAACAUGUCUCGCCAGUCGUUGGAGAAUCAUCACGAACGCAUCAAUUAUAUGAUACAACGUAAUCCCGCCCAAGAAGAACAAAUCAGACGUCGUUAUGAAUCAUCCAAAUAUACACAAAACAGAAGAGCAGCUGAAAGAUUAGCUUACGAUUCUGGAGAUGAAGUUGAUUAUUCACAAUAUCAAACAUAUCGUACCAGUAGAAAUGUUUAUAAUUACAAUAACAAAUAUGAAGAAUCUUGGCUUAUGCGUUUUAUAACAACAAUUGUCACCACUCUAACGACCACCUGGUCAACAAUAACUGGCUCCAAUAGUGCUAAUGCAGGUGGUGGUGUGGGCAUGUAUACACACAGUAGUUUGUAUCAAACGAAAUUAACCGAAGAAAGGGGUAAGUGACAUUUUUUCCUUUACUAUAGACUAGGCUAUAGAAUAGA